UGCACUAAACAGUCGUAGCUUAUACAUCGCACGGUUAUGUUGCCACAACGUCGCCUGGUCACACGUUUUUUUUCUAUUAUUUUGAGUUGAUUUGGUUACAAUUUAAUUUUUGCACGUUUGGAACGUUUUGAUUUAUGCCGGAGUGAUGUGCUGGGUCUGUGUGUAAAUGUGAUCAGUGUUCAAAUGGUUUGGUGACUCUGGUGUUUUUGUGGAUGACAUGCUUUAGGAAUGUUCUCAGGGCGUCCAGUGGGCGAGCAUGUGAUGCGCCGCGAUGCCCACUUUGUCCGCGGCGCCUGAGCUCUGUUCCGGCGGCCGCAUAGAGCGGCACAAACUCGAAUCGACCAUUAUGAGCCCAGAGCAAGAAGCAAGUCCGCCUCCUGCUGCACCAGGAGCGUCUCCCCCUCCGCCGCCGUCCACAAAUCUACCAUCACCAAGCAUAUCGCAACAAGAUACAUCGGAUGUGGAGCAAUUCUCCGGCAAGAUCGUGUACAACCCCGACGGUUCCGCUUACAUCAUCGAAGAUUCGGAGAGCGAAAAUGAAAGCACCGCGAUUCCUAAUAUUCCAGAGAUCGUUCCACCUCUCCAGGCUGUUUACGUGUCGCGAUUACUUCGUCAGGCGACAAGGCAGGCGGAACCGCCGGCGGUGCACAGUUAUCGUGUCGUAGCGUUAAGGGACGCGAGACCUCCGAGGCCGGCAUCGGUACCAAUUAAACCAAUUUUAAUGUGCUUCGUGUGUAAACUCAGUUUUGGUUUUGCGCGAUCGUUUGCCAAUCACGCUCAAGCAGAACACGGGGUUACGCUACAGGACACUGAACGUGAAGUGCUAGCGGCGGACAGUUCGGCAAUUUUGCAAUGCGUGGGUGCCGAGAAGAUACCGAUAGUGUCGCUACUGGAACCUCUCGGUACCACUCAGUCCGCGUCUGAGAAUCACAUGGGUACGAUUUCCAUCACGUCGAACCUGCUACGCGGCGAACAACCAUCACCUUCCUCCGAGAUGCCGCCGACGUCUUCACGAACCACGCCUGGAAAAUCACCGUCCCCUCCUUUUGUACAUCCUCCUGCCUUUCUGUCGGGCACCACGAUCGGUGUCUGUCCCGAGCAUAUCCAGGGUCGACCUUCGGGGGUGGACUGCACGAGGUGCGAGAUGAUUUUGGCGUCCGGUAGAUUGGGACCUGCAGGUCUGGGCAAUGUGCAUAGUAGAAAUUCUUGUAAAACACUUAAGUGCCCCAAAUGUAAUUGGCACUACAAAUACCAAGAAACGUUAGAAAUUCACAUGAAAGAGAAGCAUCCAGAGACUGAGACCAGUUGUAUAUAUUGCAUAGCUGGUCAACCCCACCCUCGCCUGGCGCGGGGUGAAACAUACACGUGUGGUUACAAACCUUAUCGUUGCGAGGUUUGUAAUUACUCAACCACAACCAAAGGUAAUCUCAGUAUACAUAUGCAAUCGGAUAAGCACUUGAACAACAUGCAAGAGUUGCAAAACGGAGGAGCGCCCACGACGGAUUCCCGACAGUCAUCUCCAAAGGCUCCCCCAAUCCACCACUCCCCUGUAAGUAGCGGCCAUAAACCCAAACCCAGCUUUCGUUGCGACGUUUGCAAUUACGAAACAAACGUGGCGAGGAACCUGCGUAUCCACAUGACAUCAGAAAAGCAUACGCACAACAUGCUGGUGCUACAGCAGAACGUGAAGCACAUGCAGACACUAUCCGCGCUGCACCACCAGCAACAGUCACAGCAGCACAUGGAGAACCUCUACGGCAUGUACCCGGGUCUUGGAGACAAACCAGAAGCGGCUUUGGCCGACAUGGCCUACAAUCAGGCCUUGUUGAUACAAAUGAUGACCGGCGGACAACUGCCAGGGCACGCGGGUCCCGCCGAAAUGGCCGUGCACUCCGACAUGGGUCUCAAUCCGGACACGAUGGAGCCGCCGCCCGAACCCGCGGAUCCCGAUCCGCAGAAAACCUACCACUGUUGCGUUUGCAAUCUUUUUAGUACGGACAAUCUCGAAGAUUUAGGUCGACACUUGGCGCAAGAUCGGACGAGGUUGCGAGAGCAGGAAAUUUUAGCACUAAUCGCGGGCCACUACGUCUGCAAGUUGUGCACGUACAAAACUAACCUAAAAGCUAACUUCCAACUACAUUGUAAGACUGAUAAACAUCUACAGAGACUGCAACACGUGAACCAUGUUAAGGAAGGUGGACCUAGAAACGAGUGGAAAUUGAAGUACGCGUCAACGCCUGGUGGUGUACAAAUACGGUGUAACGCUUGUGAUUAUUAUACAAAUUCGGCGCAUAAGCUCCAACUUCACGCCGCCGGCGGACGGCACGAGGCGGGCGUUGCGCUUUUAAAGUACCUGGAGGAGCGUUGCUCUUCGUUCAGACAUGAACAGCCGCGCGUGUUUCAUUGCGUUCUCUGUGGUUUCUCAUCAACGAAUCGUUUACCUUUGUUACAACACAUCAAAUCCCUAAAACAUCUCCAUUUAGAACAGUUACAUCAGCUGCAAAGGCGAGCCGAGGGGAAGGAGACGACGGCCGACAUCGGGGAGGUUUUCCAAGUAGUCCCAGGACCCUUCGAUCAACAGACACCUGGUGAGUCAUUUAGGUGUCUCGCUUUUUUUUGGGUGGCGGUUAGUUUCACAUAAAAAUUUACCUUUA